AUGACUGGGCCAAUGUCUAUAAACCAGGAAGCAGUAUUUAUUGGCGCCAAUAGACAAGGUUUUGUGGCCGAUACAAUUCCAUAUUUGGUCGCAUACGGAGCAGGCUGCAAUGUUGCUCUCUGGAACCCCUUGUCUGCGGAAAAUAAAGGUGUCUAUCAUACAUUGAGUCAUCACACCAAGGAAGUCACCUGUGUUCGGUUUGUUCCUGAUUCGGAUCUUCUCAUCUCGGCUGGAGAAGAUGGAACCAUCAAUAUUUGGAAACAGUACCUUGAAAAUGGUCAAAUCAAGUACAAAUUGCACCAGUCUAUUCAUCAGGAAGAUUGUUCAAUCACAUGCAUGGCAGUGAGCGACCAGAUUGUUGUCACGGGCAAUUCGUUGGGAAACAUUCACAUUUGGCAGCUCAUAAACGGCUCCUUCGAGUCUGUCCAUGACUUCAAAGUCAAGUUCAACUUCUACCCCACAACUUUUGCAUUGCAGAAGAUCCACCAGCGAUACCUUCUAGCCGUUGGAGGAACUUCCAACAACAUUUUCAUUUAUUCAUUUGAUGUCAAUGCUAUCAACUUCUCCGAGUGUGCAUCGUUGGCAGGUCACGAGGACUGGAUCAAGUGUCUCUCGUUCGUCACUGAAAAGGACGGCUUGGACUACAUUUUGGCCAGUGGUUCUCAGGACAGGUACAUCAGAUUGUGGCGGUUGCGCUUGAAUGAAGCCAUUGAUGACUCCGAUGAGGAUGAUCUGAAGCUCAUUCUUUUGUCCAAUAAACAGUACAAAUUCGCAUUUGGCGAAGGAAGAGCAGCGUUCAGCUCCGAAGCAUUGAUCAUGGGUCACGACGAUUGGGUCACCGGUUUGCAAUGGAACCCUUCAUAUACUCGGAAGGACAGUAAGGCAUCCAAGAAGUUGCAAUUAUUAUCGCUGAGUGCUGACACUGCGUUGAUGAUCUGGGAGAUGGACGAAGAAUCUGGAAUUUGGAUUUCAGUUAGCAGACUUGGAGAACUUUCUAUCAAAGGUGCAUCUACUGCCACAGGAGCUUCGGGUGGUUUCUGGUCGUGUCUCUGGUUCGAAGACUCCACUUCGGGCACUCAGUACAUCUUGGCUAACGGUAAAACCGGUUCUAUCAGAGUGUACCAUUCUGUCGAAGGUGCAGAAAACACUUGGGAGGCUUCUUUGGGUGUCACAGGUCCAGUGCGUGAAGUCAACGACUUGGUGUGGUCAGCGGAUGGUUCCUAUUUCAUGCUGACCUCUUUGGACCAGACCACCAGGUUGUAUGCUCCAUGGAAGAUUAACAGAGACACAGAAACCAUAACUUGGCACGAAUUUGCCCGUCCUCAAAUUCACGGUUAUGACAUGAUCUGUCUUGAUAACAUUUCACCUACAAAAUUUGUAUCAGGCGGUGACGAGAAGGUGCUCCGUGUGUUUGAGAUGACACAGUCUAUCAGCGCAAUGUUGAGCAAGUUCUGCGGCAUUGAUCUCGCUGCAGAAGAUAACUCCGUGUUACCGGAGGCUGCGUCUUUGCCUGUUUUGGGAUUGUCAAACAAGGCAGCCAAUGAACAGCUUGAGGCUGGAGAAGCACAGCAACGUGAAGAAGACUACGAAGGAAACCUCGAAGAGGGAGCAAACGAGAAAACUGAUUUGCUAGCAUCCUUGGAUGGCCCACCUCUUGAAGACUACUUGCAAAGACACACACUUUUCCCCGAAAUUGAAAAGCUUUACGGUCAUGGGUACGAAAUCACUUGCUGCACGACAUCACCGAAUGGAAAAUUGAUUGCGUCCGCCUGUCGGUCGAACUCUUCUAAACACGCAGUCAUUCGAAUCUUCAACGUCGAGAAGGAGUACCAGCUCGUGAGCGAAGUGUUGAAGGGCCACAACUUGACCAUCACCAGUUUGGAAUUUUCUCCAGAUGGAAAGUAUUUGGUGGCUGUGUCUAGAGAUAGACAAUUGUCAUUGUGGAAAAUCAAGAACGAAGCAGAAGGCACAUUUAACUUGGUUGAGCUAAACCCCAAGGCACAUACCAGAAUUGUAUGGGACUGUUCGUGGGGUCCAGAAUUCCAGGGAGAGAGCUUUUUCGUUACUGGAUCGAGAGACAAAUCUAUCAAGUUGUGGCAUGUUACAGAUAGUGGAGUAAAUGCUGUCUCCACUAUCAAGACAGAAGAGGCAGUUACCAGCAUCACAUGUUUCCAGCAGCAAAUCAUCAACAACCUACUAAUUGUAGCUACUGGACAUGAGAAUGGUCAGAUUUCGUUGUACUCCGUGAACAUGAGUGAUGAGAGUAAGAAAUUUGAGAAAGUGGUAACAUUUGACAAGGAAAUCUCGCCCAGUGGACGAGUUGGAAAACUUGCAUUCAGCAAGAAACUACAAGGAGGAAAAUUGUUGUUGGCAACAGGAAGCAGUGACAACUCUGUGCGGUUAUACAGUGUAAGCAAGGAGGCACUUAUAUAG